AUGGCUGCUGAAUUCCUAGAGGAAACAGUAGGGCUAGCAGUACAGCAACAAGGAGCAAACUUAUGGGUUUGGAAGCAAGACUCGAGUGGAAUCUAUUCGACCAGAACUGCAUAUAAGUUUCUGCUGGGGGAAAUAAGGGGGGAAUCAGAGGAUGGGACUUUCUCGCUUCUGUGGAGACUUAAAAUACCACCUAAGGCAAAGGUAUUUACAUGGAGGCUCAUCAAAGACCGUUUACCAACAAACAUGAAUUUAAGAGGAAGACAAGUGGAGAUAGCUGAUCCAUUGUGCCCAUUCUACAACAAUUUGGAUGAAGAUGCAGCGCACCUUUUCUUCAACUGCAACAAGAUAGAGUACUUGGGACAUAUAGUUUCAGGUGAAGGAGUUGCUAUGGAUGCUACUAAGGUGCAGGCAAUUCUAGAGUGGCCUACACCACUCAAUAUCAAGCAGCUAAGAGGUUUCUUAGGCCUCACUGGUUACUAUCGAAGGUUUAUCAAAGGAUAUGCAAAGCUUGCUGCACCAUUGACAGAUUUACUUAAAAGAGAAGCAUUCAAGUGGACACCAGAGGCAUAG